CGCGGCGGCGGCGCAGCACAGCGCCAGCGAAACGGACUGGUUGACAGACGGCUUCGCGUACCUCCGCCACGGUGAUGUGUCGACGUUCACCGCUGUGCAACCGUGCCGUCGCGCCGUGCCGUGUCAGCUCGCCGAUUAAUACCGAGUACGGUCGCGCGUCAGCGGCGGCGGCGGCGACGACGACGACAACGACGACCGGCGUCGACGACGACGACGACGGCGGCGCGUGCCGCGAUUAAUAAACGGGCAGUGUGUGGUGCUGUGGGGGAAGGGACGAUGACGGCCGGGGGGAUAAUUUGGGUGGCGACUUGAGGGCAGAAAUGUUGAAAUUCGGCAGCAAGAGCGACGUGACGGUGGUGCAUCGCGCCACUAUUCGACUGUUCGACGACAACGAAAUUAUCUACUGCGACUUUCAGCCACAAGACAAAGGACGAUACAUCCUCGAAUAUGUGUGCAAGCAGCUCAAUAUUUUGGAGAUGGACUAUUUCGGGCUUCGCUACGUCGAUAAAGAAAGGGAAAGGCAUUGGCUGGACCUAGCGAAAACGGCGAUCAAGCAGGUGAAAGACAUGCACGAGAUUUUGCUGUGCUUUCGCGUGAAAUUCUACCCGCCCGAUCCUCUGCGGCUAAAGGAGGAGAUCACCAGGUAUCAAGUGUACCAGCAGCUCAAAAGGGACCUGCUUUACGGACGUUUGUGUUGCAGCCCCGGUGAGGCGGCGCUUCUGGUGGCUUGCAUCGUGCAAAGUGAACUGGGGAAUUACGAUCCCGAGAUCCACGAAGGGAACUAUAUCUCCGAGCACAAAUUGCUGAAGACGCAGACGCCGACGAUCGAGGACAAGGCGAUGGAGCUACAUCAGACUCAGUUGAAAGGGUUCACCCCGGAACAGGCGGAAACCUACUUCCUUAGGAUAGCCUCGCAAUUGGACACGUACGCGGUCGAUCCACAUCCGGUCAAGGAUCCCGACAAGGGCACGCAGCUUCAUCUGGGCAUUAACCACUGUGGGAUCCUGACGUUUCAAGACUCACGGAAGAUACAGCAUUUCCGCUGGUCGGAAGUUCAGAAGAUCAAUUUCGAAGGAAAGAUGUUUAUCGUGCAUGUGACGAUAAACGAGGACGUGAGGACGAAGAAAAAGCAUCUCGUCGGGUUCAAAUGUCCCACGGCAACGAACUGUCGUCACGUGUGGAGAUGCGCCAUCGAGCAGAUGCUGUUUUUUACCUUGCCGAGGGCGUCGGACGCGCCGGUCGUGAGUGGCGGUUCCAUCUUCUCGUGGGGAUACAAGUUUAAAUAUACCGGAAGAACGGAAAGGGAGGUUCUGGAGGAGGCAGGACCACUGCGGAAGGAGGAACCGCCGAUACAACGCUGCCAGACAACGUGUUUGAGAAGAAAGGCCAGCAGCGUGCCGGCAACCCCCAGCACGCCGAGCCAGGAUCUCGUCGAAAUACGAUAUUCUAGCUUACCACGUAGCUGUCACAGCGCGGGCCUGGACGGUACCGGGAUGCUGGAGGGCGGUGCGGGGGUUCCCCUCAGCUCGCCCUACUGCCCAGACAAUACCUUGCCCCUUCUGGAGACUGUAUCCGAGGACCAAGAGAUUCACGCCAGGAGAAACAACGCCGUAGACGAAAAUGAUACGCAUGCGAGUGCCACCCACACGUCUACUACUACCAUCACCACCACCACUACCACCAUCACCACCUCCAACACCAUCACCACAAACCGUGCGAAAGCCAAACUGAAAUUUCCCAAGAGCACGCUGAACCGACCGCAACCGUUGUACAGUCAGAAAAUAGUGAUAGGCUCGCAGGAGCUGGCGGGCCACGACGUCAAGCACGUCGUGCGGCAGCGCAUUAACGCCUUGAUUAACGAGCGAUGCCCGAUGGUGGUGCGGUCGACCGCCCUGAUAAUCAAGAGCUCCAAGGCGCCGGCGAGCGCAAACGGACGCAUCCCUGUCAAAAGCGUGCGCUACGCGCAAGACGAGGUCCACCACGGUAGAACGCGGGUAGAGGUAAGCGAGAUCGACGGCGAGGUAGGCCGCGGAUCGACGACGACGAAGACCGCCAACGGUUGCGCGAAUCUGGCCGCGAGGCCGGGACUGUCGAAUGGAUUCGAUCGCUCGGCGCGACGGGAGGCCGGGGAGGCAGCAGUCGGUCAGCACGAGGGCGAGGCGAACGAUUACUACUUCAGGGACUCCUUCGACCACUCCUCGUCGGAGAGCCAGCUGUUGGAUGCGUCCGGCAAGCCGCACAGUCGUUCGGUCACGCCGGUACCGAAGAUGCAGAAGCUGCAAAAUUCCAAGCUUUGCCUUCAGCAGCAGCAUCAUCAUCAGGGCGUUCGGCGCGCGGCGAGCGGCAAGCUCAGGCACAGGAGUCUGCAUGUGAUCAGGAUCUUUAUACCGGCGUUCAUGCUGACGAUCACGGUGCUGUUCAUCGUGACGGUAUUGGUGUUCGAGACGGACACGACGCUGUUCAACAGCCUGCGCAAAACGCCGGAAAUGGUGGCCUUAAGGAGCCAAUAUUACGUUCCGAUCAAGGAGUUCCUGCGGACCAAGCUCGGCCUAUUCUGAUGUGACAAGACCGGGCCGAGGUCGUCCUACGUCAUCGCGUAGCUCGCUCUCCCUUCAGUGCCAAGUUGCCAGGACGAACUCGUGACUGAGAGAAUCUACGGCCCACAAGUCGCGGAGAAGAGAACGUGCGCCUCUUUAUCCCUGUCCCUCCCGUCCCUGCCUCCCUGCCCCCCCGUUGCGUUGCGCACCGUCGCGUCGCAGCUUGGUCGCACGAGCGUGAGUGCUUCGAACCGAGAAGACCGAGUGCUACCGGAAGCAGAAGAAACGAGGGAAGGGGAGAGAUGAGAAGCAUCGCGUUGAAGGGAUUAACCGAGGUCGGAAUCUCGCACACACUUACGCGCAAGGAACGCGUUCUAAUUCGAUCGAUGGGAAAUCAGAAUUCUGUAUAAAAGAAGAAACUGUACAAAGGUUGUAUUUAAUCGGGACGUGAGCGGGAUGUAUGUAUAAAAUUGUGUUUAUGCGUUCCAUUUUAUCCGUAAUUGCUUAUUGUUUUUACGAAGAGCGUUCUAUUUCCCCCACGCGAUUUUAUUUCCCUGAUUUCUCAUUACUUAUUUCCCGCUGCUGACUUUGGCAGGAUACGGAUCCACAAAACCGAUAUAUUUAUCUUGCAGAUAGUACUAACAACAAGUUCCCUCAGUUUUCCUUAUGAAAUAAUAUUUCGCGGAAAAUAUAAAUCUCAAUUAUAGUAGAAUAUAAUUAUUUAAUAAACAAUAUUAAUAAUUGAUUUAUUAAAUAGUAAAUUCUAAUAUUUCUGUGUACAGUUGCAAUAUGAUCAAGGAAAAAUCUUUUGAAUGAAUCAUUCAUUUUAAAAUGACAUUGGUCCAAUCUUUGAAAACUUAUAAUAAAUAUUUUGCAUGAAAUUGGAUAGUUGGAUCUCGCGUUGAUUGCGUUACAAUAUCUUAUUCAUAUUGUUAUUUGAAAGAAAAAACAGAUUGCAAAUUUUGGCUAUAAGAAACGCUCGAUUUUGUUCGGUGCGGGUGAUACCUACGCUCGGACGGACGUUAUGUAUACAUACAUAGUGAGAGAUGUUGGUUAUCGAAUGGCCUAUCGUGUUACUAUGAAAAGAAUGGGGACAGGAGUGCUCUUUCUCCGGAUUUUCGUGAAACUUUUCCCGUGUGUCGCGGAUACCACGAAGAGACGCCAAAAAAUGCGCGCGUCGGUAUAAUAGACAAAGUAAAAAUAUUUUGACAUUGUGAAGAGACGAAAGAAAGAGCAUACACACACCCACACACACGCAUACACGCACACAAAAGCGAAUAUGUAAUAUAUUAUACAUAUAUACAUAUAUAUAUAUACACACACACAUAUACACACAUACAUAUAUAUAUACAAGUCACUGAAAAGGCGACGCUACUUAUAGAGACUUUAGAUUAUUUUAAACCGUCAACGAAAAGCAAUCGUUUCGUAGAUAAUCGUAGACUAUAUACGUGCAGCUCUAGUAUGGAAAUGGUGGAGGAUAUUGCGUGGCAGCGUUAAAUUGACGAGGUCCCCCGCUGAUUUCGAUCCGCUGUCGGUUGUUUUGCGUUCUUACUCGGAUGUGCAAGGGCCAUAGUGCGCUUGAUGUGCGUAAUCAACUUUGUCUUGUCAUCUUAUUCUAUCGCGAGAGUAUAACAUCCUUCAUCGCAGCGUGUAAAAUUCUUAUUAUAAAUCUUAAGGACAUGUCACUCUUGUGAAAGUCAGAUCUGUCAGGACCUGCUCUUUCGCAGAUACGUAUUGUGUUUGAUAAAAUUCUAUGAAACUUUGGGGGAAUUUACUUUUUAAUUCUCGCAUCUUAAUAGAGACAAUUAAAUCGAAAAGAAGCGAAACAGAGAAUCAAAACAGAUUGGACAAUCAUACAGCGCGUACGCGUUAAUUUCCAAUCAUGAAGAUAAAUAACUGUGUACCUACGUAAAUUCUAAAAAGGAACUCUUAUUAUUUAACUCGUUUUGCGGAAAUGUAAAAUGCAGUUUCCCAAAGUUUAACGUCAUUAUAUGUAUAUUAAAGUACACACAACUUUUACUCAUUUAACUGAAUACUUUCGAGCAGGUUCUGAUUCAUCUUACACCUUAGACUGAAUGUCCGCUCCAGCGUUUUACCACCGAAAGCGGCAAACUUUUAUCGUCGAUAGCAAAAAUUUUCAAAGAAAAUAGUCUGUGACUGUCUCGACUCUCCGUUAAUCAUAAAGUUGUACAGUUGACAUUUGUUCUCGAGAAGAAGGGCUUUUAACUCUCGAGUGGACACGCAACCUCACUGUCAGCCAUUUUUCCUAAAAGUGCCUACGCUGUCUUACACCCUUUCGUGUCAUUCGAUUCGCUCGAAAUCCGCCCUAAGCUGAACGAAAAUGAAGUGGCGCGAGGAAAAAGGUGAAACAGAAAUUAAGCGAAUUAAUGAAUCUCAUGCCGACUCUUCGCGUCAAAGCUUUUGGCGGCGCUCUCCUGUCCGCGAGAUCUGUUCAUAUCUCGGGUCGUUAAUUCGUGACAUUCUUGAGAUCAAUUCUGAAAGUCGAGUCUAAGGUGUUUCCGACGUAGAUGAGAAGGCAAGUGUCGUCGAGAGAGUACAGACGGCUCUAGAAAAUUAGAGCGGUAACUGUGCGAGACGCGGCACACUGCUGUUAAUAAAGCAACGGAGGUUCGCGAGAUUUCGGGCUUUCCCAGGUGGGCGAUAACAAAAGCUCCUUUCUAGUCUAUUAUUAGCGUUGUCAGGGAAAGCGUGGGUUUCGGGCCAGCAUGUACAGCCUCACAAGCUUCCGCGGCUUACUAAUAAGCCGGCUGGGACGAGAUUAGUUUAAAUCAAAAUUUCAUUCGCAUAAAUUGGAUAAUGUAGACAAAGAUUAAUCCACGUGAGAAGAUCACGUUUCGUUUGACGACCAAACGCUUUUCGUUAGGUCGUAGGAGCGGGAGAACGUCGCGAGCAUCAAGCUAAUUGUAUAAAUAAACGGAUGUCAAUUGCAAUAUAAUGUAAUUCUAGUUGUUAAUUAAGGGUACCCGCACGCUGGGCCAAUCAAUGUAAAAAAAAAGACAAAGGAGAAAAUUUAAGCGGAAACGAUAAAGUUGGGAUUGAAACGCGUAAAAUUGAUAUGCUACUUCUUAAUCCAAAUCUGGAUGAUUCUACUUUACAAGCAAUCUCGAAUACUGAUCGAAAUCUGGAUGAUUGUACUCUACGAGAGUAAUCUUUGAGAGUGAAAUUAUCCGAUGGACAUUGAAUAAGAAAGAGAAUCUCUUGCGAUGCCACGUUCAAUUUGUUAUACUCUCCGAGGGUUGCUCUCCUAUCGGCAAAUAUUCAUAACUGAAUUAAUGCUGAAUUUAGGGAUUACAAUGAUACUCAAGAGUUUGCGCUUGAGAGGACUACUUUCUAUUCCAAAUACUCUCCCAGAAGCGUGUAAUGUGAUUGGAAUUUGCAGUAAUCACGAAUCUCGAUGGUUAAAAAUCCCGCUUCGGAGAGUAAACCCUUCAAGUAGACACUCGGUCUAAAGUCCGAAGAACAGAAGAAUGGACGAUUGUUUGACGUGAGGGAUGGAACGGGAUAUAAUGUUGAGAGUUGAAGGUCGUCGGGACGUGGCAUAGCCUCUGCGCGCGAUACACCUUUCAGAACUUCCCCGGUAAAAUUAAGUUAUCAUAGACGAUACGCAGCUGUAUAUAUAGGAAGGAGAAAGGUUCACUAUAUAACAUUAAAACUGUUAAACGUUAGCGGAUUAUAUGAACUUUGCGCAACGAUCGAAAGCAGGCAAUACACAGGGCGUGUCCGAAAGAUAGAGGUAUAAUAUGUUUUCAAUAAUUUAGAUCUAGUUAAUAACAUAAUAAUUGGUAACGAAUUUGGUACCAAACGUUAUAAUUAAUAACAGUGCAAUCUUAGCAGUCUUUAAUUUGGGGAUUUGGGAACUUGAUUCAUAUCCAAAUAGCUAAUAAUAGGUCGUAGAUCGGUCUCUUGCGUUGAAUUUUUAGUAAAGGGAGAACUCGAGAUUUCUUUGGAGAACAUGUAAUCCUGUUAUAUGUAUAUUUUAAAAACGUACGAUGUAGCUGCGCAGACGUGAAAGAAAUUCAAAGUUAAAAUAUCUCCCCUUUAUGAUAUCCGUAAUAUCGAUAAGAUUUUUGUAUCAUCAGUUGAUCAUUAUUGCAAGCCGCGUUUCAUCCUUGUUGUAAAUUGAUCGUAACGCGACGUACGAAACUGUAAACGACGGUAAUCCUCAAAUCAGGCUCUCGCGCGUUAGUUAACGAACGUUCUUCGUACCACUGUAAAAUCCGAAAUUGGUUUUCUCAUUAAAAUUCGUAACACACUUUUCUGGCACGCAAUCGGUGAUCGUACUUGAUCGUACUCGAUGCUGAACACGGCUAUACGUCAAUUGUUACUCUAAUUACUUGAUAUCGCUGCCGAAAUGUGCGGAUCUUCAUGUAAAUGUACAUCUAGCCUACUGCGUUACUUUUAAUAGAUCGAAUUGUUGAGGUUCUCGGGAUUAAUUCGUCAGAUAUUUAUUUGAUAACUAACGGGUAAGUAAUUUAUUCGCUGUAGCUGCUACGUAAGUGAAUUUCAACCGAACCUUUAUACGGACGCGACUGCAGGAAUAAUUUAAUAGAGGGCUAAAUACUACGUUGUGUACAAAUGUGACGGUGGAUGUUGGGUGUAAAUGCAAUGUUAAUUAAAAACGGCCGACGUGAAGACGAGAAGUGGAGCUCUGCGCUAAUCAAAACGAAAUAACGAUGAUAAUCUUUCUACAAUCUCCAUUCGUAUGUACACUUUUUGUACGCUUGCAAAUUGUAGCGAACAGUUGUAGUCGUAUGAGGGGUGCGUUUUUUUUUCCUGGUCUGUUAGUCCUUGAAAUUUUGUAUCGCAUGCAUGAAUAAACAAAACAUUUCAUUGCAAA